UCUAUCUACACAGCAAGCCCCGGUCCAGACAAAUGAAGCUUUGGCACAAGGCGAUCCGCUGGCGAAGGCGCAGCUCCAAAUGCUCGGAGUUGGAGUCUCCGCUACCGAGGACGCCGGUACAACCAGGUGGAAACCACAACAACAGCAGCAUCGUUUGGUUCGUGAGCGAGCUUGACGGCAAAACCUCGCGGAUCGGGGAGAAUCAACCCGAUGUCAACCACGAGGAGGAGGAGCAGAUAAAGGUUGAUCCAUCACGAUACUCCUACGGAGCCAAGGGGUUCGUUGCCGAAGAGCAGCGCCGGGGUGGGGAGAAUGCCAACGAGAGCCUGCUGAGAAAGCAAGAGUUGGUCCGCGCUGGCGAUAAAGAGGAGAUACAGGAACUGCGUGCCUCCUUGCUGCGGUUGCGCGAUGUCCUCCGGAGAAGCGAGGAGAUGGCCGCGGCCCGGUUAAAGGCCGUUGAGGACGAAAAGGCUGCCUUGGAGGUGGCCUUACUAGCGGAGAGGGCGAAGUCGGCGAGACAGGAGAAAACCAUGCAUUUCCUUCGGGAGACAAAUAUCGAGGCUCAGUCGUUGGAGACCGAGCUGCGAGACCAAGUGGAGACGUUGAAGAUAGCAAGGGGCCAACACGGCGAAGGGCAAUUUCAAUCGAAAGAGGAGAAGGUCAGGAGCGGGUUGGCACGGCUGGUGGAAAAGGAUUUGCGGAAGCAGGUGGCCAUGCUCGAGCAGUCAACCGGGCAACAAGCGAACGAAAUUCGAGUUCUCUUGGCUCAGCUGCAGGUUCUGCAGCGGAACGGGGAACCGCACAUUGACAAUGUCUUAAUGGUAGGGAGCACCCAGGGUGCAAAUGCCACGCUUAGUGCUCUAGGUGACAGCCAUCCAGAUUGUCCACGGCUACGCGCCGACUUCUUAUCCGGCUGGAGAACCAUGACUGGGCUAGCAAUAGAGCGAAUCUUCAGGAUCACGGUUCCUGCAGACGUUGGCAAAACGCACGCCAGCUACGUGCGGUGUCACGGGAAUGUCGUCCGGCGCUUCCAUGGAACCUCUUGCAGAAGCACGUGUAACUUUACCGUCGACCCAAAGAAAGCUUCCCCGUGCGGACUGCAGGCCUGCAAGUUGUGCAACAUUUGCGUGCGAGGCUUCAAGCUCGGCAAGGCCUCCCGACGGUUUGGACGGGGAGUGUACUUCAGUACCAAGUCUGCCAAGGCCAAUGACUACGCGCAGGGGACAGAGAAAAAGGCAGAGGGAAGCGGGAAAAGGUUGCGAUGUAUUAUUGUGGCCGAUGUGGCAAAGGGGAGAUCGUUAAUCACCAAGGAGACUGGGUUUGACGGUGGCACCUACCCACCAGUAGGCCAUGACUCCGUCCAGGCUGAGGUUGGAAAAGGACUGGCCUUCGAGGAGCUGGUUGUGUACAAGGAAGAGGCCGCCCUACCGACACAUCUCAUCGUCUACACCCUUCCGUAGACCCCGCCACUACACUCUACAACACUCAUCAGGAGAAGUCACGCCGGGCAACAGGAUUCAAGCCACCAUGCGCGGGGUAACUCGUCGGUUGCGUAUUGUAGUGCCGCUGGAAACGCGCAUCGAGAUUGAUGGGUGCCUGGACAGAAUUGUUGUGAGCCACCUUUAGAUUUUGCUUAGCACAUGAGCGAGUGAUGAUACAAGACAAGAGAUGCUAUUUAGUUCACCGGGAGAACUUUCACCAGAAUGUGGAAAACGAGUUCGUGAAGUUCGGGGCGAGGAGUCUAGCAAUCAAGUGCGCAUACGAGGAGUCAGGGAUUUUGUGUCGGACUUCCUGCGGCCACAACCACUUCCUGAUGGGUUUAGCAUUCGUUGUAGCACGCUGAUGUUUUUCGGUCAUUUCUGGCUGGCUUGUUUGCGAAGAAUGGUUGAAUGAUGGAGGCCUGCAGAGUCUCAGCCGAACGAAACAAUAAGAUAGAUGUGUUGCCGACAGCUUGGUUUGGGUUACAUGGGACUCUUGAGCCCAGUAGGGACGGAGCAUGAAUUCUCCAAUGCGAGUUGAGUGCGCUGGAGAUGUGGAGUCGAGGCAAGUGUUAACGACAUCACCAACAAAGACUUCCAAGUACAAACGCGGGGGAAAACCGGGAACGCCUCUUUUGUAGAUGAUCCGCCGGUGAGGUGUCGGUUGUGCAGUCGGUUGUGCGUCAGCAUGUUUCCCCUUGGGGUACCGUCGACGCAUGAAAGAUAGCUAUGGACGGUGAUGAACGAGCUUAUUUGCCUAGAUCAUGGCUGCUGCUGUUUCCUGCAAAACACGUGCCCGUCCAUGUGCGUUAGUGGCUUUUGUGUUGCGAACAACGCGCACCAUACUAUACGCGACUCGGACGUGGGGAAGGAGGGGAAAUGACUGUCAUAGUUCGCCUUGCUACAGCUGGUCGUCUCCUAUUUAGUCGGACAAUUUGUUGGGAUACUAUGAUCGUCUCGUCUAGGUUCAUUGGGUUGCCCUUGUUUGGCCGCUACCCGCAUGAUAGGUCAUAGAAUUAGCUCGAUUUAUACGAUUGUUGUCGAGAGGAGAUUGAGGCUGGCUUUCUUUCCGGUGAAAUGGUGAAAGGGCGGUCCUUUUCACCAGACGGAAACAACAACAAAAAUGUGGAGACAAAUGGAGUCCAUAGGAAAAGAAGUCAUGGGACGCUCUAGUCCCUUGCAGAAAGCCACG